UUCAGACUGCCAAAAAGAAAUGAGAGAGCUUGAGGUUCUCCUUCGUUGAGUUCUGCCAUCCAAAAACAACCCAGUUUACUUCUCUGGUUUAGUUUACACUUUAGAAUUCUUGAAACCUGAACUAACCCCGGAAAUGGCAUCAAGAUUCUCUCUUUGCAUGUUACCCUUUUCUUUGUCAGCAGCGACGUUUUCCCACGAUUCUCAUUACCCUUCUGGAAAUCCAUCCACUCUCUCAAUCCACCAUCGCCAUCCUUACAAUCACCCAUUUGCGCCAAAUAGGAGAAAUCGAUUGUUUACAGAAAGAGUAUCGGCCUCACCUCCAAUAAUGGCGGAUGAUGUGCAGACAAUUCUCCCACCUCCUCUGGAUUCUUCUUCAGAGGAACCGGCACUUUUUGAUGGAACAACGAGGUUGUAUAUAUCUUAUACAUGCCCAUAUGCCCAACGUACAUGGAUUACCAGAAACUGUAAGGGAUUGCAGGAGAAGAUACAGUUGGUUCCUAUAGACUUGCAAAAUAGGCCAAAAUGGUACAAGGAUAAAGUUUACCCACCAAACAAGGUGCCAGCUUUGGAACACAACAAUGAAGUAAAAGGAGAGAGUCUUGAUUUGAUCAGAUACAUUGACAGUAAUUUUGAAGGGCCUUCACUCUUCCCUGAUGAACCCACCAAGAAUGAAUUUGCGGGGAAAUUACUGUCAUAUACUGAUAACUUCAGUCGGUCCUUGAGAAGUUUAUUUACUACAGACGGAACAAGUGAUACUGAUGCUGCACUAGACCAAAUUGAAGCGAAUCUAUUGAAGUUUGACGAUGGACCUUUUUUUCUGGGACAAUUUAGUCUAGUGGAUAUAGCUUAUGCUCCUUUCAUUGAAAGAUAUCAGCCUUUCCUGUUAGAUGUUAAAGAAUAUGAUAUCGUUGCUGGCAGACCCAAACUGGCAACCUGGAUUGAGGAGAUGAACAAGAUUGAAGGAUACAAACAGACUCGGCUCGACCCUAAGGUGCUUGUUGACGGCUUGAAGAAACGUUUCUUGGCUAAGAAGUGAGGUUUUGCAGAGGGUGGUCAUAGAGUAGCAGCAAAAUUGGGUUGGAUAUGAUUCUGAUGUAGGGAGCAGAUACGAUUAUAUUUCAUUUACAAUCUUGAAAGAAACACACCAACCAAUCUAUCUUGUAGCUAAAUGAGAUUUUGAAUGGACAAAGUUAUAUGACUAAGAAAAUGGUAAACAAAUAUAGCAAGAGCUUAUAAUUACAUAA